AUGACCAACGAAACUAGCCUAAACAACACAGUUACACCACAGCCAGAUACCAACAGCACACAGCCAGGGUCUGGAAGCUUCUCUUCAAAUGAAACAGCUGUUGACAAUCAAAAUUCAACUACAAGCAACAGUGUGAACUCUACGACUACUCAUCCACCACAGGUCACAAAUACAACAACAGAGUCUCUGCCUGAAAGUCCAACUAAUGGAACCUUCCCAACAACAACCACCGGGUUACCUACCACUGUAUCCACAACCACAGCUGUGAAGACCACAAAACUGAACAAAACUGGGGUAUCAUUUGAUGUCAGGGGCAACUCAGAGCGAGGUGCUGCUUCAGAUGUUAAACAGAAUGCCAAAAAUCAGGCAUGGGGAGCCAUUGUGGGUGUUGGUGUUGCAGUGGGAUUUGUUGCCUUGGUGGUCUAUGUCAUCAGGAAGCGAAGGAGCCACAGGGACUUCUCACACAGGAAACUGGUGGAGGAGAUGCCACCUGAGCCAGUUCUCAGGCUGGACAACAGCGAUCCUCUGGAUUUGAAGUAUGAUGGACGUGCUUACUAUAACCCUGGACUACAAGGAGACAACAUCCAAAUGACCAGCUUCCCACGAGGACACUCAAACUAAAGAUUAGUCUGCCAAGCCAAAGACACUGAUCUCAUACACUGGACUUUGCUGUUAGCUAUUCUGAAUCUGACCUGAAGAACCUAAAUAAUAAAGUAUAAUGCAUCCUCAUACAGACAUACAGGCACAAUGUAAAGUAAAUUGCCAAAUGAACUUUAAAAGGACCAAAGCUUGGGUUUUCUUUCUUUCUUUCUUUCUUUCUUUCUUAUUAAAAAUGUGUUUCCAUUUGAACUCUUUAGAGAGGGAGACUGCUGAAAUGAACAGACUGGAGAAUGUUUUGCUGUAUUUUUAAUUUGAUAAAUAGAAAUUAUGUAUAGUUCUUUUCAAGUAAUGAAGUAAUUAACAGGUAAUUAACACAACUAAGUAUAAUAUAAAUAGGUAAUGAUUACUUAAAUGAUGUAAAUGUAAUUUGACUGGUUGAAUAUCCCAAUUUGUAUCAAGGCUAUAUGGCUUGGUAGUUUGAAUAUUGUUAUGAAUAGAUGAUGUAUGAAUGUUGAUAUUGAAAUAUUUGGAUUUUGUGAGUAAUUCUUCACAUAUGAAUGUAAGGUAUGAAGAUAUAACGAAUAAGACCGGCACAUUUUGAUAACAGUUGAUAAACUAAUUAAAAGAACAGUGUGUUUAGGUUAUGAAUAAAUCCAGAGGAGGGAGCAUACAGACGCUAUUAACUGGGCUUCUGAGAAAAUGUCUGUGAAUUAGAAAAGUGUGACCGUGUUUCAUUUUUAAUGAUGUGGAUCUACUUGAUGUCAUAUUCAAAUGCACUUUGUUACGCGUUUGUAUUGUUCCAAAAUGCUCCAGCAGCUACUGAUGUACUAAAGGUCAAAUGUGUAUAUGUGUGUAUACUGUGGAGUCUUUCUGUCUAAAAAUUUAUGUUUUACAAAAUGGGUUUGUGGUUCAUUCAAUGCAAAUAAUAGCAUCUUAGAGCAGAGCAACAAUAAAAAAAAAAUAAUUUUUA